CAGUACAGCGGGCCGCGUAUACCUAUAGGCAUCGAGCGGCGUCGGCGGCGGCGGCGGCGGCGGCAAGGGCAGGGUCGUCGGCAACGGACUCGCGUGAGCGAGAGAGAGGGAGUAGAAGUAGCGCGAGUGUACGGCGCCGUCGACAGCGCAGCUCAGUAGUGCGUCCCGCGACGUCGAGCUGGGACACGAGCCCAUCCUGUCUCUCGUUCCCAGCAUACGGCCGCGAGACUCGCACGUGCGACCCUCGCGAUUCCGCCGGUGUCGAACGUUGAAUUAUGCAUGCGCCUCGAGGAGAUAAGGAAUCCGCCGGUUGUGUUGUGUAGAGCGGCAGCCGCGUGCGUGCCGAUAGAGUAAGGCGAGCUGCGACGCCCGGCACGGCAUCCUCUUCUGGAACAUCGUCGGGGGAUCCGCCGAUAGUACGUGGCCGCCGGCGAGAUUCGCCCACUGCUGCCGGCAUCCUCGGCCAUAACCUUAAAUCAGCCCCGCGCGACACUGCCGUUCAGCAAAAACGCCGGUCGCAGCGCCGGAAGAAGAAGAAGAAGAAGAAGAGGGCGGAGAAGGAGCCGAGGAUUAUCGAGCUUUCGACGCUUUUUCCCACGGCGCGAUCGGCCCCCGAUAAGCCGCACCGCCACGCGGAGCAGAACAGUGUAGAGCCAGUCGACGGCCGCGCGCCGCUCUGAAAAAGAGCCCGAGGCCCCUUUUUUCCCCCGCUGAAAGCAACGAUCGCGAUCGUGUGUACCUGUGAGAGUGCGGUAAGAUGGGCUGCAACACGAGCAAGGAGACCAUACAGCAGGCCGUCGAGGAUGCGAAGGACGACGUUAAGGAGACGGCGAAGGACAUUGCUAGAGAUCUGAUCAAGGAGGAGAGCAGCAAUAGGGAGGAGGCCAAGAACGGCGACGUUCCCAAGUCCGCUGAGACCGUAACAGUCGGCGGAGACGAGGAGGAGCAGCAGCAACAGAAGGAAGAGGGAAAGGAGCCCGAGGACAACGAAGCCACAGAGGAGCCCAAGGCAGAAGAGGUAAACGAAGACGAGGAGAGGAGAAAAGAAGAGGAAGCUGCGACGAGGAUACAAGCAGUUUUCCGCGGACACCACGCACGAAAGAGUAUGAAAGAGACUGACACUUCCGCGACGAAGCAAGAGGAUAACGAGCCCACCAAGGAGGAGCUAGAAGCCGAGUUCCGGGAGGACGACAAAGAACUGUGUCACGCCGCUACGAAGAUUCAGGCGACUUUCCGCGGACACAUGUCGAGAAAAGUCGAUCAGGCAGCCUCGGCGGCUAAGGAUCUGAUGGAUAGUGCAGCGGAGAAAAUCGAGGAGAAGAUGACAGACGCGCAGAACGAGCUGGAGGGUAUCGAUCUCUCGGACCCCGAUCUCCACAAGGCCGCGACGAAGAUCCAAGCGAGCUUCCGCGGCCACAAGGUCCGCCAAGAGGUUGUCAUCCCCGAGCCGAACGAGAAGAAGUAGACGCUCGGCUGCCUGGAAGGAAUCGUCGCAGAUGGUUGAAUGGCGCCGAGCGCAAGCAUUUACGCCGAACACAUUCCAAAGAAAAAAAAAAGAACAAUGAGUUUUCAUCCGAAUUCGCCGACGACGAUGACGCGAGCCGGUCACAAUAGUUGCACUUGAGACGCUCGAAAAUCUCGCUCGACUAUACACUUUCCGUCUUACAACCGACCGAGCGAUGAUUUGACCAAAGACGUACUAUAUACUGCUGUUAAUAGGAUGAAAGGUUAUGCACGGUUACAUUGUCAAUGUUUUUGUGACGGUUUUGAUUUCCGAAGUAGUCUAAUAGGUCUGCAACUUACUUCUUAAAAAUAAAUACACGAUUAUAUACAGUAUAAGCUUUUUGUUCGUCACGACAGGCGUGCUACGAAAAAAGUCUAUCAAAUUCAAAUUUAAAGCAUUACCAUAAUACGAGGAGAGCGCAAAAACAUUCACUCUGUAUACCGCUAGGAAAAUGUCAACUAGGAGAAAAUUGGCUAUGCCACGCGGGCUUCUAUAUAUUCAUGAACUAACGAUUUUCUCAGUGCGAGACGCAGCAAAAAUACACGAUGCAUACGAGCGCGCCUUGUCGAUGAUGAUGCUACAUUGAAAAGCUGAAGAAAAAAAUACUACUAACAAGCGUAGAUACGAUACACUAUAUCGAGCUGCAUAAAAUAAAGAAAAGUAAAAGUAAACAAAGUUUCUUUCCUACAAGGCAUACACGGACCUUUUGAGUUGUUGCAAAAACAAAUGUUUCCUUUUUCUUCUGAUGAUAUGGCGAGGAUGAUAUAACCGCGGCAAAGCGAACGAAGUUAAACAGAAGAAAAAAUAUGCGUGUACCUGCGUAUUUUUGAGAUCCGAUAUAUAUUAUAAUUAUUAACAUUAUUAUUAUUAUUAUUAUAGUACGACUCUUAUACAUGAAAAAAAACUCUAUAUAGCGAAGUGACGGAUUAACGCUACGCUUCGAUUUAUGCAAAAAGGGAACAAAUUCUUUUCUCCUCUCUAUACGUCUCUCCACUCCUACUCUUAUAUAUAUGAUAAAAAGUAUAUACAUUAAACAUGCCUUCGAUAAAAAGUGUCGGGGGAGAAUAACUCCUUCGUCGGACAUCCUGCGCGUACAUAGAUAAUAUUUCACAUGUGCGUCGUUGGAAAAAAUUGAAUGAAGCUCGUCUUUUCGCGUCGCGAAUACAUAUACGUAUGUAGAAAUAUAGAUUUAUUCACAUUCCACUCAUAGCUCGUGUUUUAAUCUGGAACAAUCUACUCGCAGGCCGCGUAUGCGACACGUGACCGUUUUCAACUCUGGAUUACGAAGAUUCGAAUCGUGUUCCUAUAUAAAAUCGAUAUGUUCCCAUCGCGCGCAUGAAUUCUUCAAACUUAUACAAAGUAACUGACUUCGGUUUUGUAAACUCGCGCGUUCAGCGCGUAUACAACUUAUUAAAUGAACAAUAAUAAGCACGUUGAGGACUUAGUUUACUACAACGUGACUUCGUUUGACUUACAAAAUUAAGCGCGUUUCUUUUCGUCGAGAUUAAAAAAAAACAAGUAUUUCGAUGGUUUCAGUAUAAACUUUUUUGAUAGAGAACCGAGAAAAACAUUCCUCUGUGAGGAAAAUAACAAAUCUUUGUCGUUUUUACGAUCUUUCGUUCCGCGCGCGUCAAAGGUUUCCGAUAGAGGCGUGAAUUAUAAAAGCUCACCCGUACCAAAAAUCAAUAAUCAUUUGUUAUUUCAGUGGAGUACGUUAGUAAUUGGAUAAAAAAAAUACUUUAAGUAUUCUAAAAGUCUGCGUUGUGCGGACAUUAGCAACAAAUGAUAAUCACUCGAAAGUCCCGUAAUCACUUUUGAAUUUUUAAAGCAGCGAUUUUAAAGAACAUAAUAUACUAAAACUUUUUUCUUAAAAUCUGUAUUUCUUUCUAUUAUAACCUUGAAAAAAAAUACUAAAGUUAAAACGUGCACUUAGCAGAAUCACUCGAAAUUCGAGGAACGGCGCAUGAGAGAGCAAUUCGGCUAAUUUAAUCCAAGUCGCACGAGCAUGGCCAAUCGAACGACCAAAACGAUUACGAUGCCUAAUUAACGAAUUACGAAGUAAUUGGUGCUUAGGCACGAGCGUCUGCACGCAGUUGGUGAAAUUUACAAAAAAAAAUAUAUAUAUACAAUUAAAAAUAUGUUGAACUAACAAAAAUAUUCGCGAGAACGAUGAGAAAAUCAAUUUUUUCGCGCGACAAAAUUAAACUUCUGUAUUUCUUUCGAGCGCGUCCGAAAUACUUUACACGACGCGCUGAUUUAUUUUCUAAGAUAUAUUGACAAAUGAACAAGUAUAUAAAAAUGCAAGAAAGCACCUGUAUACAUACCGCACGCAAAUGAUAACAGAAACAAAAAUGUAACGUGCAACGAUUUUACGUGGUAGUCUCGCUUUCAUUGUUGUCAUAACUCCGAGUCUAGUCCAAUUUGAUAUUAUCGUUUGUCCGAUCAUUUUUAUCGUAGGAUAUGUAUUGUAUUUUAACUCUAUAAGCGAUUAUGAGUAUAUUUAUCGUUCAAUAAAAGUUGAGUAGUUGUUCCGUUUGUUUGUUAUACUUAAUGGAAGCGUUAAACGCAUUUUCUUCAUUAUAUUCGUUCAAGAUCCUAGAUAUUUUUAUGAAUUAACGCUGAUGUACAAAAGGAUUUAAUUAUAGUUCCGUUAAAGAUUCACGCCAUGAGUGAUAUUAAAGUAAAAACCGUGAUUUGCGUGCAAGGAUGGACCGAAAAGUACAUGUUGUCUCCGGUAUUUUAAUUAAUAUAAAUUAUAAUGAUAAAUUUAAUGUUUGAGAACACGAUGUCAGUGAAAUAGAUCUGACUAAUUUUAUGCACAUCAAUAGCUAAAGUAACUAAAACUUCUAAUUGAAGCAUUGACAAAUUAUAACAAAGUUCAAAUCCGAAGCACUAUUCAAAAUUGAAAUUCUGCGGUCACGAAGUAAUUUUCAGCCCAGUUCCGCUUGUGCGUCAGAUCACCGUGAGCUUGUUUUUAGCGGGCCUAAAAACUGCAUACACAAAGGCAAAAAGAAGAUAAUUUUAAAAAACUCCUGUGUGUACAAACUGCUUCGCCGCAUGUUCGCCUUUCUUGAUUCGAGCUCAGAAUAUUUAGUGGACACGUAUAAUAUCUACUCGUUUAUCUUUGCGUUUCCUUGCAAACAAGAUCCAUUCCUCUUAAACAUUCCGUGAUUUUUAUGUGUACAGCGAGGAUAUAAUAUACAGCUAUAAGAAGCCCGGCUUUUCUAUAUCGGUUCCCUCAUUUCGCGAGAAUCCGCAGAGACCUGUAGAAAAAUCAAGUAUGAAAAAAAAAAUUGAAAAACCAAUCCGUUCUGCACGCCGUAUCUCCGCGAGCAUCAGCUCGUUCCACCUUUGAAGAUCCUCCUAUCGGUGGAUAUUUAUAGAUUCGGAAGUAUAUAUACACUUCGCUUUUGUAGAGGGCUAACGAGAGAAGAGAGCCUUUGCAAAUAAUGCCGUUAUCGCGAAAAAUGUCACGUCGAGUAAACACACUUAACCUCAAAGUACUCCCGGCCUCCGUUCCCCGCCUUAUACACCGCCCCGCACUGUCGUUCGAGCUGUAUACGCGAGGAAAAAAGAGUCACGAAUGCAAGUACCCGCGACGGACACAACCACACAACUUGAUUGAUAUCGAUUCUUUUUCUCUCCUUCUAUGUAACUUUGCGUCUAUUGUCAGUCGUGCGCGCACACGCCUCAUAAUGGUAUCGCAAAUCUAAAAUUGAACUUUCCUCAGUUUUCGUAUAUACAAUAUACGAUUGAGUUCGAGCGUUUUCAACGAUUCGGCAUCAGGUUCUUAUUUUUCUCUUUCAACGAAAAUAAAUACGAUCGUGAUUGAUUUUUUUCUCGUCUAUAUAUAAUUGCGUAGAUUUAGAUGUAUGUUUGUGCACUUGGUGUUACGUUAAAGGGACCGGUCGAUGAUGGACGACGUUUGAUUGAAUUCUUUAUCUCGAACGGCGGAUCCUUGAUAUACUUUUGUUUCUAUAGCGCAAUUCACCAUUUCUAUCUAGUAUUCUAAAUGGAUACAUGUAGCGAUGCACGCGGUGCUAAAAUUACGAGCUGAUUAUGCAUUUUAGAAAAUGAAAAAAAAAACUUUAAAAUGUAACGAGCAGUUGUAAUUACACUAUUAAGCGAAACAAUAGAAAAUAUAAUGUAAUCUGUUUGUUUAAAAUAAACUAAUCACCUACCAAA